AAAACUGAUUGGGAGGUAGCUAUUAAAAGUAUUAAUAAAAAGAACUUGUCAAAAUCACAACUACUGCUUGGGAAGGAAAUUAAAAUCUUAAAGGAACUUCAGCAUGAAAAUAUUGUCGCACUCUAUGAUGUUCAGGAAUUACCUAAUUCUGUCUUUCUGGUGAUGGAGUAUUGCAAUGGUGGAGACCUGGCAGAUUAUUUGCAAGCUAAAGGAACUCUCAGCGAAGAUACCAUCAGAGUGUUUCUGCAUCAGAUCGCAGCCGCCAUGCGCAUCCUUCACAGCAAAGGGAUCAUCCACCGGGAUCUCAAACCACAGAACAUCUUGUUGUCCUACACCAGUCGCAGGAAGUCAAGCAUCAGUGGUAUUCGCAUCAAAAUAGCGGAUUUUGGUUUUGCUCGUUACCUACACAGUAACAUGAUGGCUGCAACCCUGUGCGGGUCCCCGAUGUACAUGGCUCCGGAGGUCAUCAUGUCUCAACACUAUGACGCAAAGGCAGACCUGUGGAGCAUAGGGACAGUGAUCUACCAAUGCCUCGUUGGGAAACCGCCUUUUCAGGCCAAUAGUCCUCAAGACCUAAGGAUGUUCUACGAAAAAAAUCGGAGCUUAAUGCCUAACAUUCCCAGAGAAACAUCACCUUAUUUGGCUAAUCUCCUUUUGGGUUUGCUUCAGAGAAACCAAAAAGAUAGAAUGGACUUUGAAGCAUUUUUUAACCAUCCUUUUCUUGAGCAAGUUCCAGUAAAGAAAUCCUGCCCUGUCCCAGUGCCCGUGUACGCCGGCGCUGUCUCUGGAAGCUCCUGUGGCAGCUCUCCAUCUUGUCGUUUCGCUUCUCCACCAUCCCUUCCAGAUAUGCAGCAUAUUCAGGAAGAAAACUUAUCUUCCCCACCGUUGGGGCCUCCCAACUAUCUGCAAGUGUCCAAAGACUCUGCCAGUACUAGUAGCAAGAACUCUUCUUGUGACACGGAUGACUUUGUUUUGGUUCCACACAACAUCUCGUCAGACCACUCAUAUGACAUGCCAAUGGGAACAGCGGGCAGACGUGCUUCCAAUGAGUUCCUGGUGUGUGGAGGGCAGUGUCAACCCACUGUGUCACCUCACAGCGAAACAGCACCGAUUCCUGUUCCCACUCAGAUAAGGAAUUACCAGCGCAUCGAGCAGAAUCUUACAUCUCCUGCCAGCUCUGGCACUAAUCUACAUGGUUCUCCAAGAUCUGCAGUGGUACGAAGGUCUAACACCAGCCCCCUGGGCUUUCUCCGGCUGGGGUCCUGCUCUCCAGCGCCAGCAGACACCGUGCAGACAGCUGGACGGAGGCUCUCCACUGGUUCUUCCAGGCCUUACUCACCUUCCCCGUUGGUUGGCACCAUUCCUGAGCAGUUCACUCAGUGCUGCUGUGGGCAUCCUCAGGGCCAUGAGUCCAGGAGUAGAAACUCCUCAGGCUCUCCAGUGCCACAGGCUCAGUCCCCGCAGUCUCUCUUCCUGGGUGCUAGACUGCAGAGCGCCCCCACCCUCACCGAUAUCUAUCAGAACAAGCAGAAGCUCAGAAAACAGCACUCGGACCCUGUGUGCCCAUCCCAUGCCGGGGCUGGUUACAGCUACUCACCUCAGCCCAGUCGGCCGGGCAGCCUUGGCACCUCCCCCACCAAGCACAUGGGGUCCUCUCCACGGAGUUCUGACUGGUUCUUUAAAACUCCUCUACCAACCAUCAUUGGCUCUCCUACUAAGACCACAGCUCCUUUCAAAAUCCCUAAAACUCAAGCGUCUUCCAACCUGCUAGCCUUGGUGACACGUCAUGGGCCUGCUGAAGGGCAGUCCAGAGACGGGGGUGACCCGCGGGAGUGCUCCCACUGCCUCUUAGCACCAGGAAGUGAGAGGCAGCCAUCUGAGCCACAGAGCAAGGCAGUGUUUGGCAGAUCUGUCAGUACUGGGAAAUUAUCAGAUCAACAGGUGAAGGCCCCUUUGGGUGGACACCAAGGCAGCACGGAUAGCUUAAAUGCAGAACGCCCGAUGGAUGUAGCUCCUGCAGGAACCUGUGGUGGUGUGCUGGCCCCUCCUACAGGAGCAGCAGCAAGUUCUAGGGCUGUCCUCUUCACUGUGGGGUCUCCUCCGCACAGUGCCGUGGCCCCCACGUGUACCCAUGUGGUCCUUCGAACAAGAACAACCUCUGGUGAGGAAUUGGGAUCCAGCAGCUCAGGAGGCUCCCUGUGCUCUGCCAGUGGCCGCGUGUGUGUGGGCUCCCCACCUGGGCCGUGCUCGGGCUCUUCCCCGCCAGGAGCGGAGGCAGCUUCUGGCCUGAGAUACGUGCCUUACGGUGCUUCACCCCCAAGCCUAGAGGGGCUCAUCACCUUCGAAGCCCCUGAACUGCCGGAGGAGACUCUGAUGGAGCGAGAGCACACCGACACCUUGCGCCACCUGAACGUGAUGCUGCUGUUCACCGAGUGUGUGCUGGACCUGACGGCCGUGCGUGGAGGGAACCCUGAGCUGUGCAGCGCCGCCGCGUCCUUGUACCAGAUUCAGGAGAGCGUGGUGGUGGACCAGAUCAGCCAGCUGAGCAAAGACUGGGGGCGGGUGGAGCAGCUGGUGUUGUACAUGAAAGCGGCGCAGCUGCUCGCUGCCUCCCUGCAUCUCGCCAAAGCCCAGAUCAAGUCUGGGAAGCUGAGCCCGUCCACAGCAGUGAAACAAGUUGUCAGAAAUCUCAACGAGCGAUAUAAGUUCUGCAUCACCAUGUGCAAGAAACUUAAACCGCUUCUUCUCUGACAAGCAGAGAUUCAUCGAUGAGAUCAACAGUGUGACUGCAGAGAAGCUCAUCUACAACUGUGCUGUAGAGAUGGUUCAGUCUGCAGCCUUGGAUGAGAUGUUUCAGCAGACUGAAGAUAUCGUCUAUCGCUAUCACAAGGCAGCCCUUCUUUUGGAAGGCCUAACUAAGAUUCUGCAGGACCCCGCAGAUAUCGAAAAUGUGCACAAAUACAAAUCAAGUAUUGAAAGGAGGUUGUCGGCACUCUGCUACAGCACCGCCACGGUGUGAGACGGUGUGAGGGCAGUGAGUCCGCCCGGGACCAGCGGUGGAAGCGGGAGGGAUUCAGCUUGGGCUCUGCCACCCCAUCCCCAGGAGACUCUAGUUUCUUACCCGGUGACUACCAAAGAACAAGCAGUGAUUUCAGAUGGGAAAAACAAUCCAACAACUACAUACUUGUAGGAAAUCUGCCUUAUUGGAGAAGUCACCCCUUCCCUUUUUCUUUGUCGAAGCAGAAGCAAGAGUAUUACCACUCAGCUCCCAGUUUGAACGUGGUCAAUAAAUGUACCUUAGAACUAGGAUUAUCA